UCCUUUUUAAAAACUGCGCGCUAAAAUGGCGAGUAGGGGGAAAGCGUCUUCUGACAGGAGGUCAUCCACGAAAACCCACUCGUCCGUAGGAAAAACCAACCCAUGUAGGCCUACAGGGGGGAGAGCGGCUACUGGGACCCAGAACCAAAGGCAGGCGCAGGUUCCAACUCCAUCUUCGACUGCAAACUGCACUCCAAGACCAGGCGCAAAAAGUCUUGGAAAAGAAGCGCCUGCGCAACCCCCGCGCCAAAGGAGACCACUCGAUCGGGAUGCAGCCGUUGAAUCCCCUCAACGAUUGAAUAAACCAACUAGAGGUGGAAGUAUCGAGGAUGAUCCGAGCAAAGUUCUUCGAAAGACUUUAGACCAAUUAACGAUCAGAAAACAACCUCGAAGCAGAGCCGCGAAAAUAAAAAAUGAUGUGGUCGAGAAGAUCAUCGAUCAGCUAGAGAAGUCCCGUAAUUUCAGUGGGAUCAAGAUAUUACCUACCGGCAGCUACUUCGAAAAUCUCAAGAUUUCCAAUCCUGAUGAAUUUGACGUGAUGUUUACCAUCCCCGUGGAUAGAGUGGAGGCGGUACCUUUUGGUGAAGAUGGUGCCUACUACAGCGUGAAGUUUAAGCGCCAUCCAAAGCAACAUGUUCUGGACCCCUUUCUACAGGCUAAUGAUGUCCUGUGCGCAAGCGAUAUGCUGGCAGCGUUUCGGAAAGAGAUCAAAGAAGCUCUAAAGACCAUACCAAUAAAGGGGUUGAAGAUGGAGCCCAAGAAGCCUACGUCCCCGGCCGUGACGUUGAUACUACAGGAGGACGGUCGUGAGAUCUCCAUCGACCUUGUCCUUGGCCUAGAGGUGAAGGGCAGCUGGCCACAAGCUGCUCAGGCAGGCAUGAAUAUGGAGAAGUGGCUCGGCACAAAGGUGAAGAGAGAUUUCAAGUUCAAGCCCUACUACUUGGUCCCGAAGCACGAAGGACGUGGAAGUACAGAGUCAGAUGGAGUAUCUGCAAAAGAUGUAUGGAGAAUCUCUUUCUCUCACGUGGAGAAGGCGAUCAUGAAAAACCACGGUGCACACAAGUCUUGCUGCGAGAAAGGAGGAGAAAAAUGCUGCAGAAAGCAGUGCCUCAAACUGCUGAAGCAUCUUCUGGCGGAACUGAAGGCCAAGCAUCCGACCGAGCUGUCCAAGUUCUGCUCCUACUAUGCCAAGACCACCCUUCUGCACGUUUGCAGCACAAAAUACUGUAAAGACGACCAGUGGCAGAUGUCGGACCUUCUGCAGUGCUUCGAGAGACUGCUGGAGGAUUUCCAGCAACGCCUGAGGAGCAAACUACUCCCCAACUUCUUUGUUCCCGCCCAUAAUCUCCUCGCCUCCGUCAGUGCCAAGAGCUGCAAUGCUCUAGCAAGCUACAUCGAGACUGAACACAAUAAUGGGUUCCCGAUCUUCAAAAACGGUUUGGUUAAGGGCUAGAAAUAUUGUUUUUUGGUUCAACUGUUGUUUCAUAUAUUGUUGUAAUGAAGAAAUUAAAACCGGAAAUUCAAAAGGUUUACUGGUCAGUUUUUCAAUUUUAUUUGAACAGGUCAACUCAAAAAUUAAUUAAAAGAAUUUACAAGGGAAAUAAUAAUAAUUAUUAUUUUAAGUAUAUCUUUUUUUUUAAAGCAAACAUUUUAGAACUUGUAAUAAUGAUAAUUAUAAUAUAAAAAAAAUAAACGGUAAAGGUAGCCUCAAUUCUUCUGUGUUGGAGGUUCAGCCUCUAAAAGUGCAGGCAACCUUGAACGAUUCCAACAAUACAUCAUGGUUCACACUGUCGGAAGUAAACGUGCAGCGUGCUAUGCAAGCCAGCCACCUGGGGCCUAAACUAAGAAGCUGGUUCAGGAGUAAUCUAGGUUAAGUUAAGAGGU